AUGGCGAAGAAGAGGAAGGCCGGGGGGCCGCCGUCGUCCUCUCGCAAUGCUUUUGAAGUUUUAGGAAACAAAAAACUCCGACGGGAAGUAGCCGGGAGACACGUGAAAGGCAGCAAGCGCGACGCCGCCCUGGCUGCUCAGAAGGAUCGACAGAGGCGCUCUCGGGCUCUGCAGACACAGGAAGGCACUGGGAGGCUGCGGCUCGGGGCCGCCUUCGCGGACGACCGCUUUCACGCCGACGGGUGCGCAGGCGCGGGCGAAGACGAGAGCCUCGUUUUCCAGCGUCUUCGCCUCCUCGCACAGCGCCAGCAACGAGCGAAAGAACGCGCGCGAGCGGCCGACGGCAAAAGACACAAACAGAAACGGGGUUUCGCGCUAGCCGACGACGACGCACUGACUCACAGCGGCGUGCCGCUCUCGCAGAUCGACGACGACGACAUCAAACGCUCCGGCCGAGAAGGCGCCCUCGGCGAAGAUGUCGGCGAAUUCGACGAUGAGUCGCUUGAGUUUCCUCCGGAGCUUUUCUUCAAAGAAGGCUUCCAAGGCGAAGACGCGGAACAAGACGAGCAGCGGCCUCUGACGAGAAAAGAAAUCUACCGCGAAAUCAUCGCCAACAGCAAAGAGGCAAAAGCGCGGCUUGCGAGUGAGCAACGCCAGCAACAGGCGCUUCUGGAGAAGCUGGACGACGACUACUCCGAUCUCUUGCGGCAGCGUGAGGCUCUCUUUCGGCCAACGAAGAAGCAGGCUCUCGAGGCUCUUUUACAGAAACACCUGGGAGGCGAAUCUGAAGCGGAGAAGAGAGACACUCAGGUGACAGCUGUGGCGACGCGCGCCGACGGACCCCACACGCAGACCGGCGAUGACGCACGCGAGAGCGUUUUGAAGCCUCAGAGCGAUGUCACAGGCAAAGCAAGCAGCUCGCCAGCUGCGUCGCCUCUCCUCUUGCAUGCGCCCUCUUCCUCUCCGUCGGCCUCCACGUCUUCCUCUUCUUCGGCUUCCAUUGCACGCCAUAUGCGCGUUGCCGAUGACUUCGACGCGUUAGCCGCUUCGCUCCGUUUCGACCGGAGACUCCCUGGCACCGAAAAGCUCCUGACUGCUGAGGAGGCACAGGAACGAAAACGGAAACUCCUCGAGAAGAAAGAAAGAGAACGAACGGAAAGGAUGCUCCAGCUGGGAGAUGAACCUGAGGAGGAAGGAGAGGAAGAUGAGGAAGGAGACGAAGGAGAGGAAGGAGACGAAAAGGAAGAGGACGAAGGUGAUGAUGAAGAUGAAGAAGAUGAAGAAGAAGAUGAAGAAGAAGAAGAUGAAGAAGAAGAAGAUGAAGAAGAAGAAGAUGAAGAAGAAGAAGAUGAAGAAGAAGAAGAUGAAGAAGAAGAAGAUGAAGAAGAAGAAGAAGAUGAAGAAGAAGAAGAUGAAGAAGAAGAAGAUGAAGAAGAUGAAGAAGAAGAAGAUGAAGAAGAAGAAGAUGAAGAAGAAGAAGAAGAUGAAGAAGAAGAAGAAGAUGAAGAAGAAGAUGAAGAGGUGCAGGAAGCGCGGGAGUUGUUGGAAGACGAUGAAGGCGAGGAGGAAGGGAAAGCGAAAGACGAAGACGACCAGACGGAGACAGCCGAAGGUGAAGAGGACGAUAACGAGGAAAGUGAGGAACAGGAAGAAGAGACCGAGGAAGAUGAAGAAGAAGAUGCUGAAGAAGCGGAAGGUGAAGCUGAAGCCAAAGAUGAGGAAACUAGCGGCCUUCGGAUGAGAGAACAGGAAGACCCGGAGGAGGACGAAGCGUUUAUGAGUGACGAGGAGAAGAAAGCAACUUCGUGGAUGAAGAACGAACCUGGCGAAGAAGGCCUUUCGUUUCAACCCUCAAUGCCCCUCGCACGAGAGGAGGCACGGGCACUCCUGUUGCCUCAUUCGCUGCGAUCGCAGUGGAAACUCCUUCACCGCAUCCGAGUCCUUCACUUUGGGGAGGAUGCAACUGCGGACCAGGGACAAAAAGAGAAGAAAGAGAAAGUUUUCCGCGCCCUCCUCGCCUACGCCCUUGAUGCACACCUGGCUGCUCUCGCCUCUCGUCGCGGCUUUCCGUUGACGGACCUCUGGGACGCACUCCAUGAGCACUACCUCUUCUUCGCAGAGGAGCGCUCGGACGUCGUCUUUGCCUUCUUCUUUCCCCUGCUCGUCAACAUGGCCACGCGCGUCUCCCCCCACAGCCUGCCUGCCGAGCUCUUCAGUCUCCUUUCGUCUUCGUUCUCUGGGGAGGCAGCCGGCGAAACAGAGAGCGACGCUGCAGACUCCCGUGGAAACGACAAGCCCUUGAACAAGGUCAAGAGAGCGAAGAAAGGGAAUGGCGAAAAACGCCCAGGCGACGCCGAGAACCAGCCGCUGCCUCGGGACGCCGUUCACGCUCUCGCUGUCGCCUCCAAAGACGACUCAUCUCUUCCCUAUCCUCUCCUCUCUGCUGGGCGCUCUGGUUCUUCCCUGCCGCCCUCAGCGGCCGAUCUCGCCGUGUUACAGCUUGUGUUUCUGCUCUGUCCUCUGACGGAUUUCCGCCACCCGCUGCUGUCUUGUGCGUUUCUGUUGCUGGAUUUCUUUGCGAGUGCGUUGUCGUCCUUCUCUCUCGCGCUUGCCUCCGGCGUCCGGCCGUCUUCCUCAGCACGACGGUCCCGCGUUCCGGCUCUCCCAACUGCCGAGGAAGCCGUCGCGGCGGCGCGCCGCGAAGCCGAAACGCUGCACGCGCGCGUUUCAGGCCCAGAGCGACAAGGCUUGGCUGUCUCUGGAAACAGACAAGACACCGCCAAGAGCGCAGAGAGAGACGCAGACGCCCGCGUCGCGAGCGUCUUGCCGGCGCGUCUCGGGGCGGCUUCCCUCGGCCCCGCCCUACACAGUCUGCUCCUGCAACGCAUGGCAAUGAACUCCUCAGGGCGCAUUUUCCCUUCCUUCUUCACCCUCGCUCUCGCGCUCCUUCGCACCCUCCUCGAAGCAGGCGCCAGAGACGAGAAGACGGGAGAAAGCAAAUGCAAACAAGCCAACGGGGCCGAGCGCAUAGACGGAGACGGCCUGAAGCAGGCUGAUGCCGUCUUAGCCACCCUUCGUGCGCAAACCAACCAGAUGUCGGAGGCCUCGCCUGCAGCCUACGUCCCUGUCGCCCACUACCUGCUACCGGCGUUUCCUUUCCUCCAUGCGUAUCUCCUUCUGGACGUGACUCGCACGUCUCCGGCGAAAGCCGACAAAUCCGCGCUACGGCGCACUCCAGAUGACAGCGGAGGCGCCGCUGACGCGGUUCUCGACCGCUUAAAGUCUUCGCCUUCCUUCCCGCUCUUGACAAAGUUAAGGCGGUUCUGGCGAGAGUGCGAAUCCAUUCUGACGAAGCCGCUGGUCCCCCUCAGUCUCUAUCAUGCCGGCGAAAAGGUGGGACUCACGCUGUUGACUCCGCGUUACGUGGAGCCUUCGCUGCUUCGUCGUCGAGGCCUCUCGUCUGUGGCGGCGGACGAGACGCGUCAAGACUUCGAGGAGUUGCGGCGUGACAAGCGCCAGGCGAACGAAAUGCGCCGGCAAGUGGGGCGCAUGCUCAGACGCGACGCAGCGUUCAUCGUUGCUCAGAAAGGCCGGAAAGAGAGCUAUCGGAAGCGGAAGAACGCGGAGCGACAAAAGGAGAUCCUCGGCAUUCUCGAGCAAGACCAAGUCGAGUACAAAAAGCUCAAAACCACCGGAGGCACGAUGGACACGUCCCUUGCAGCGUAUCGACCCAGCAAACACAAGAAGAAAAAGCGCAUGGCAGGCAACCGGCAAGAAGCCGGUCCUCAGCGAGGCUAG